AUGAAUGCCAACGAGGCUCUACUUUACAACGACUUCCAGAACGAUGAGGAGGAGUCACUCGACAGGUUUUCUGUGAGUGUUGACCAAGAAGAUAAUGCCAGAUUGGAGGCAGACUCUGACGAAUCUGAUGUGGAUGCUAAGGUGGAUCGAAAGGAGGCAAUGGCUGAUGCUGCUAGUACUUCAUUGAAGAGUAGUGAUUCAAGGAAUGAGCUCAAAGCAAGAUAUCUGACCCAAAUGUGCAGUCAAAAGUGGUAUCACGCAGAUCCAGAAGUAGACGCAGACGUCGGCCUAGAAAAUCUGCAGCCUCAAAAUCAAGAGGGAGCAGAUAUCAUGAUGACACAACCUAUGAUGAUGAUGGAGAGCCUGUAACGCAGUGCUUGCACUUGGAUGAUGAUAGAUCCAGAGAAUCAAGAUUGAGGAGAUUGAGGAAGAGUGCCAGGGCUCACAAGCCCUGUGACUGUUGUCCAAAGCCAUGCCCACCACCUUGUCCAAAGCCAUGC